AUGAAUGGACUCAAUCCUGGAGUUCGCGAUGGAUACGAGCAAGAGAUCUCGUCUAGCGAGUCCUCAGAUUACCUGACUGAUAACGAAAAACAACCAAUUGACCAACAAGUGUCUGUCUCUGGGACCGCCGCUUCGAAACAUCACGACGCAUCUACACAAUCUCGCAACUUCACACAGUAUCUUGAUGAACCCCCAAAGGGAUACAGUAUCGACUCGGAGGGAUACCACACGUGGGAGAUUCCGGACCUGUCCGAAUUGAAGGAGGACAAGUAUUCUGGUCCUCGUUUCAAAGUCGGAGACGAUUUCGAGUUCAACCUCUUGGUGAUGCCUCCAACAAGAAAAAACGCUUCCGCAUACUCGGUCUACCUAGAAGCACAUCCACUGAAAGCGCCAGAGGAUGGUAAUUGGCACUGCUGUGUUCAGUUCGCCAUCGAUGCGUGGCUUCCUUCCGAUCCGACAGUGCACAAGUCCAAUAGCUCGUUUUACCGUUUCAACCCAAGAAUUACCGAUUGGGGAUUCGUGGGGCUUUUGAAUUCAAGACUAGCGUCUGACAUCAAGAUCCUCAAGUCCAAUUCCGUCAACAUCACCGCAUACGUCAGAGUGAUUGACGAUCACACCGGAGUUCUAUGGCACGAUUUCUUGGAAUACGAUUCGAAAAAGGAAACGGGAUAUGUUGGAAUCACCAAUCAAGGUGCAACUUGUUACCUCAACUCCCUCCUCCAGUCAUACUACUUCACCAAGAUCUUUAGAAAGAAAGUGUAUCAGAUUCCUACUCAGGACGAGAUCAGUUUCGGUUACAACUCUUUUCAACAAUAUCUGGAACAACCGAAGAGUGUCUCCUUAUCUUUGCAAAGGAUAUUCUACAGUCUCCAAACAUCAAACAAGCCGGUUGAUACUUUGGAACUCACACACUCCUUUGGAUGGAAUACCGCUGACGCUUUCACCCAGCACGAUGUGCAGGAACUCAACCGUAUCCUUAUGGAUAGAUUGGAGUCGAAAAUGAAAAAUACAGAGAUUGAAGGGUGUCUUAACGACAUUUUUGUGGGUAAAAUGAAGAGUUUUAUCCGUUGCAUCAACGUGGAUUACGAAAGUAGUCGUACCGAAGAUUUUUGGGAUAUUCAAUUGAACGUGAAGAACAUGAAAAACAUCAAGGAGUCCUUUGACAAUUACGUCGAGCUUGAAUUGUUGAAUGGUGACAACAAAUAUGACGCUUCUGGAUUUGGUUUACAGGAUGCAGAAAAAGGUGUCGUGUUUGAGGCUUUCCCGUCUGUUCUUCAUUUGCAACUGAAAAGGUUUGAGUACGAUUUUGAGUACGAUCAACUUGUGAAGGUCAACGACAGAUACGAAUAUUUUGACUCCCUGGAUUUGAAGCCUUAUUUGGACAAAGACACAGAAGCGUACAACGAGAAUUGGGAGUACGAGCUGCAAGGUGUUUUGGUCCACCAGGGAGAUGUCUCUGUUGGCCACUACUAUGCUAUGAUCAAGCCAACAACAAAGGACGAGUGGUUCAGAUUCGAGGACGACAGAGUCUGGAGGGUGACUCCGCAUGAAGUCUUUGAAGGUAAUUUUGGAGCAGACACCCUUACUGUUGACCCAAGAAAGUUGACAAGAGAACAACAGCAAGAAUACCAACUCAAGAGACACACUUCAGCGUACAUGUUGGUGUAUAUCCGCAAGAACAAGAUUCAAGAGGUUCUUGGAGAGGUCACCGAUGCAGAUGUGCCAGCUCAUAUAUCCAAGCAGAUCAAGUUUGAACAGGACGAGUAUGAGAGAUUACGCAAAGAGCAAGAAGAAAUGCAUUUGUAUGCCAACUUCAAAGUGUACACAAACAAGGGAUUCUUGAAGUACGAGGGCUUUGAUUUAGGACCAAACGAAGAGGACAGACUUAACUACUCCGCCGACUUGUUUGAUCCUGAAUCAUCGUCUCUCAAAUUCCGGGUGCUGAAGUCUGAGCCGUUUUCGAAAGUUUAUGAGUUGUUGGCCGAGAAACUUGGAUACACGCCAGACCAGGCGAGCCAAUUCAGACUCUGGACGAUUCUGAGCCGUCACAACUUUGCAUACCGUCCUUACGUGCCGAUUCCUCGCCACUUUGACGACGCAAGAAACACAGAGAUCACAGUGGGUCAAAUAGUGAAGCACACGGAGUCGCUUACGUCCAAACGCAAGAAGACAAACCAGAGCUCCCAGCUGAUUUUAUACCUUGAAGAAGCAGCCAAGGAGUUGAAGUAUCUGUCCAACGGAUUCUUUGAGCUCAAGUCCAAACACAAAGUUCCUUCCGACUUGGACAGUUUGGAGCCAUUUGAGGACAGAUUCAAAAAGAUUGUCGAGAUUGUCACUUCAGAGUACAGCGUUCCUAAGUUCGAGUCUGUUUCUGAUGCAUCUGAUAAAGUCAUGCUGUUUGUGAAGUACUUUGACCAAAAAAACCAAUCUGUCAGAGGAAUCACCCAUGUGAUUGCGCCCGCUGAGAACCAGAUUGAGUACCUCACUGAACUGCUGAACAACUUUAUGGGAUUCGACAUGAACACCUCUUUGAGAUUCUAUGAAGAGUUCGGCCCAAACCAGGUCCAAUGGUUGAACCCGUCAAAGAGUUUCUACAAGUCUGAAUUAGGAAACGGGGAUAUUAUCUGUUUCACCAAAGCUGAGAGCGAGCUUCACCCUGAUCCAGACGUUGAGUUGAAAACAGUGGAGGAUAUCUACGAUUUCAUGGCUAACAGAUGUCAUUUCAGAAUCUCACCUCUGGUGAAAGCCGACGAGGAUGAGGAGGAAUACGUCAAGAUCGCAGACGAGGAGGACGCAGGUGAUUCCAAGAAGUCUUUGUCGUCUAAAUCGUCCAACAAAGAAUUCGAGAUUUGGUUUUCCACAAUGUCCAACUAUAAAGCAUUGGCAGAAAAGAUUGGAGCCCAGAUCAACGUUGAUCCCGACUAUUUGAGACUGUUCAUUCUCGGACACUCGAAUCAACGGAUUCCUCUGAGAAGAGAAACCGUGUUCAGACGUCUGAUCGACAAGAUUCCGAAGUCGCAAACGCUGGAUCUGCAGUACGAAGUGCUGAACGUGACUCUUGCCGAGUUCGAGGAAAUGAAACUGUGCCGUGUGUCUUGGGUGGGUCAAGGAAUCUGCCGUGAACAGAAACACGAGUUUUUCCUUCCUAAAUCAAGCACGAUCGAUAAUCUGAUCGACCGGUUGCAAACGAAAGUCAACAUAAAGCCGGACGAAAGAAACGACCUCAUAUGUUGGGCACCAGACCGUCACGUGAGACUGAGUGUCUAUCCGCUAGACACCACCAUUGAUGCCUUUGACCAGCUGGUGAUUGGAAACUUUCCGAAGUACAAGGAGAUUUUGGACCACGGGUCAAGAACUUCGAAAUUGGUGACAGGAUUUCAAUUUUUCGGGCGGAUCACCAGUGCUCAUGGUCUACCGUUUGUGUUUGACUUGGUGAAGGGUGAGCCGUUAUCUCAGACCAAGGUGAGACUACACAAGCUGCUUGGAUUGAGUGACAAGGAGUUCAAUAGUGUUCGAGUUGGAAUCACAGACCUAAAAGACGUCGAGUACCUUGACUCCGAGGACACAGACUCAAUUGAGCUUUUCGAUGUUCUCAAUUCGCCAGAUAUCCAGAUUUGUGUUGACCAUCCUGACCGCACAGUGAGAAAAGGCGCUGUUUUUGAGCCGUCGAUCUUUAUAAGGGAGUAA